AUGUACGACUCGUGGCCUUCGUUUCCCCCGAAAGCUCUUCUCGAGGGAACUGUCACUGAAUUCGGUGAUUACGACCAGUGUUUGGCUAUUAAACCAAAUCCCAUCAUAAAUGGUCCCAAAUAUUGUGUGAUAUCUCUCAGAAUACCUCUUCCAAAGCCAACCACUCUUCACAUUAAUCUCAACCACAAAGUGGACAAUAUUUUGCCUCAAGAGUUGAUUAAUGGCAACAGAAGUGAGAAUUUCUUUAAUAAAUUGGCCGAAAAUGCCGUUUAUUUCUAUUUGAUUUCAAUGCGUUUGGGACUGUGUUUUCCCGAGAAAUGCGAUUCAAAUGAUGUCCACGUUUUGGUUCAAAGAGAAUUUCCAAAAUAUAAACGACUGUUGAAAGCGUUUUCACUGAAAGAAAACGCGAUGAAAAUAAUGUCUACCGAUAAUAAACCCGAACUCCGAUGUCUGGACGGCAUACGAGUGCUGACAAUGGUCUACAUUCUGGUCGCACAUGUCAUUGAAUACACCGAUUGGUCGCUCUAUAAGGACACGUUCAGAAUAAAGGACGCGAUGAAUGAGUGGCAGAACAUUCCGCUCUCCAAAGUGCAUACAGUGGUCGAGACAUUCUUUCUGCUCAGCGGACUUUUGGCUUCUUAUACGACACUUAAGCGAACGAAAGCCAAACUCGAGAACUUUGAUCGACAAUCUUAUGUUUGCCAAAGAGUUAUCAGACUUUUGCCACUAAUGGCCGUUUUUAUUCUUCUGACGACUUUGGUUCCGCUCACGAAUUCGGGACCCGUUUGGAACCGAUUCAUGUCUGAGAGGAUCGACACGUGUUAUACCAAUUGGUGGCACAACCUCUUGUUCAUUCACAACUUCAUUGACUCUAAACAUAUGUGCAUCGGAACAACUUGGUUCCUGUCGGUGGACAUGCAGUUCCAUUUGUUGUCAUUUGUGGUGAUUUUGGCGAUUCUCAAGAAACCGCGUUUCGGUUUAAUUGUCAACUUUGUUUUGAUACUCGUCUCCAUAUUAAUCGUUUCGACACUUAUUUUCGUCAUGGAUUUCACGCCGGGAAGAGUGAGCACUCAAUUCGGGUCUUAUUUCAUGAACGAAUGGCUUCAAUACGUGUAUUGGCAGCCCUGGCCUCACGCCUCCGUCUACUUCAUUGGGUUGGCGUUUGGCUAUUAUUUGUACAAAAUGCGCUUGGUCAAACUCACACAGAGCCAGAAGUGGUUACUUUGGUCGGCAAUUAGUGUCGGUUACGUCAUCUCCAUUUACGACACCUAUUACUGGACGUUCGGCGCUCCCAACAACCGAUUGAUUGCCGUAUUUCUCUAUCCGAGCACUCGAGUGGUUUGGGCGUUGAGCACAUGUGCCGUCAUUUGGAUGUGUUUAUCGGGAAACGGAGAUUUGGUGAACCGUUUCCUCUCGUGGUCCGCAUUCACGCCUCUCUCGCGUCUCACAUAUUGUGUGUAUUUAACGCAUAUUUGGAUCGUGUGGUCAUUUUGGGCGUCCAGAAGACAAUUGCCCGACAAUUUCCCGUCCAGUGUUUGGGCAAUGGUUUGCUAUACAGUGUUCUUCUCGUAUUUGAUUGGUUUUGCUUUCGCCGUUCUCUUCGAGUCUCCGAUCGCUUACUUUCAGUCUGUUUUGAAGAAAGUGUUGGUUUUGAAGCCAAAAGAGACACAAAUAUAUAGAGAGGAAAACGGAAGAUGCGAUAAAAUAGAGGACAAUAUUGACAUGGAGUGA